UACCAGAUGAAAAAAUCAAAAGUCCGGAGAAAAGGCCUGAUUUCCAUGGAAAAGUCCUGAGAUUUUCUACAGAUGAGAAUUUUCUCUCAAAAACGUAUUAUUAUCGUUGUAUACGCGUUUUACGCGACGCGUUGCAAGCUUGUAUGUACAUCGCACUCAAAACAGCGGGGUGGAGGGAGGAGGGGGGCGCCCGUCGCCCCGCAGCGCGGUUGCCGCUCGCUCGGUCGGUCACUCAGUCAGUUCGUCUUGCGCCAUUGCGAAGGUUGGAUUACGCUUCAUUGAGUGUCACCACGGGACGGGCGAGCGAGCGAGAAUCGGAGCUGUUGGAUGGAUUAUCCAUCCAUCAUGGAUACGAGUUAAAAUGUCUUCAAGUACCAAACGACCACGAUACGUGUGUACAUUCACAGAUACUUUAAAACAAAGAUUUCCGAUUAUGAAAGAUGGAAGAGAACCUACCGAAGUGUUUUGUUCAAUAUGUAACAAUCAUUUUUCAAUUAAGUUCAAGGGAGGUGCUGAUAUUGAAAAACAUAUCCUAACGGAAAAACAUAAAAAAAAUAGUCUGACUGUUUCAAGUAACACCAAAAUCGACUCUUUAUUUCAACCACAAAGUUCUGGACUGACAGACCAAAUAUCCGCCGCUGAAGCCACUUUAGCUUUCCACACAGUGAAACAUCACCAGUCAUUUAAAUCUAUGGAUUGCACCAGCCAACUGGUUAAGGCUAUAUUUGCCGAUUCCAACACUGCGAAGAGUAUUUCUUGUGCACGAACGAAGACUGAGGCCAUUGUAACGGGCGUGAUAUCUCCGUGGGUAAUUGAACAGGUACAAGUCUCAUUACAAAAUGUCAACUUCUUGGGCGUUUCCACAGAUGCAAGUAAUCACGGUGCUGAAAAAAUAUUUCCUAUUAUGAUACAAUUCUUCGACUGGCAAGAAGGAAUUAAAACCAAACUGCUGGAUGUGCUGAGCACACCCAAUGAAAAUGCUAACACUAUAACAGAGAUAAUUAAAACAAGCUUGCAAAAGUACGACUUGUUGAUGAAAUGUGUAUCAUUUACAGCAGACAACGCUAAUGUUAAUUUUGGCGGAGUAAAUCGGCAACCGGGACAAAAUGUUUGGACUAAUUUAAAAAACUUUCUGGACAAAGAUAUCGUAGGAGUUGGGUGCCCAGCGCACAUACUACACAAUUGUAUUCAACAUGGCACUGAUAAUCUGCAUAUUGAUAUAGAAUCUGUAGUAAUGAAGCUGUUUAAUUAUUUUUCCGUAUACACCGUACGCACGGAGGCGUUGAAGGAUAUCAGCGAAUAUAUAGACGUCAAUUAUCAGAAACUAUUGUUUCAUAGCAAGACCCGAUGGCUUAGUCUGUUUCCAGCGAUCGAAAGAAUAUUGAAGAUGUAUGAACCGUUGAAGCAGUACUUUUUAUCUACUCCUGGUGUACCAAUUACUUUGAAGAACUUUUUUGAAAAUGAACUCAGCGAAGUUUAUUUAUUUCUUGCUCACUCAUUGAUGUCAAUAUUUCAGACGAAAAUUGAAGACAUCGAAAAAGAAAACAAUUCUGUUUUAGAUAUUAAAAGAAUCCUCGAAUCCACACAUGAAAUUUUAGUUGCACGAGCGAACGCAAACUUCAUGCCACUUAAAGUGCGAGAGUUGCUGGCUAAGUGCACUGCGGAAAACCAAGAAGUUUUCAAGCAUGACCUUAAAAAUAUGUAUAAGACUUGCGUAGAAUAUCUGAUCAAGUGGAUGACGCCUUUAGAUGAUUUCAAAGUCUUUAAUUGGUUGAUGCUGAAAAAGGGCCAAAUGAUCGACUUUGAUCAGAUUGCUUUAUCAAUUCAUUAUCUAAAUGGAAAAGGAAUACACAUAGAUGAUGUGAAGUUAUUCGAUGAAAUUGCAUCUCUGAAUAGUUUUUUGACAAAACAGGAAGAAGCAUUUUUUGACGUAAUGCUUCAUGCGUUGUGGGCAAACAUUUUCAAGACAAUAGGUAUUUCACGAUUGCCAGAGAUACUGCGUAUUUGUCAAUAUAUAUUUGCAAUAACAGCUCAAAAUGCAAACGUAGAAAGAGUUUUUUCUAUCAUGGGAGCUCAAUGGUCGAAAGAAAGAAACCGACUAAACGUGUCUUCAAUUCGAGCUCUACUUUUAGUUCAAUAUAACUUGAAGAGUUUAACUUGUGAGGCAUUUUAUAAAUCAAUAAUCAAAGAAAAGAAUUUACUUAAAAAAGUUUCUUCAAAUAUUAAAUACGACAAAACUAAUUAAGUACCUAUUUGGAUAAAUAAGUAUUGAUUUUACCUGCAAAUGUUAGUAACAUUAUUUUUAAGGAUGAUUAUUGAAGAUGAUUAUUUUUAGUUUGUUUUACUUUGAUAAAUAAGGAUUGAUUUUAACUGCAACUGCAAUUGUUACCAAAAGAAGAUUGUCUUUAGUUCGUUUUACUUCGAUAAAUAAGUAUUGAUUUAACUGCAAUUGUUACCAAAAGAAGAUUAUUUUAAGUUUGUUUUAAAUUAAUACAUAAGUAUUGAUUUUAACUGCAAUUGUUACCAAAAGAAGAUUAUUUUAAGUUUGUUUUAAAUUAAUACAUAAGUAUUGAUUUUAACUGCAAUUGUUACCAAAAGAAGACUGUUUUUAGUUCGUUUUACUUCAAUAAAUAAGUAUUGAUUUUAACUGCAAUUGUUACCAAAAGAAGAUUAUUUUAAGUUUGUUUUAAAUUAAUACAUAAGUAUUGAUUUUAACUGCAAUUGUUACCAAAAGAAGAUUAUUUUUAGUAGUUUAAUAAGAGAGAUCUUUAAAAUGUAACCUGUAUUUUAUUAAAAAUCCUGAGAUAUCACUAGAUUUGCUAAAUCCGGCCGGAAUCCUGAGAAGAGUCGAAAAAUCCUGAAAUCUCAGGACAAAUCCUGAGAUAUGGUAACCCUAG